UCCUUGACCAAGGACAAAGGACUAUCAUCAAUGUUGGUUUAUCAUCAACAGAUUCCUUCCAAAGCAACCUUGAGUUUCAACACAAACCCUGACCAUUCCAUCUUGCAUAAAUCGCAGUCUUGGUGGCAUAAGGGAGAUUAAAAACGUGCCACCCCACAAGUUGCCAGAUGAAUCAGAACUAGGACCCUGGAUUGGCAUUGACAAAGGGUUGCCUUGUUGAUUCGUCUUCAAGACUCUGAUGAUAACUCAUCAGCAUUACCAGAGUGAGCACGGAUAAAGCACCAAACCAUUUCACAUUCUGAAUCUCAUCGAAGAGCUCCAUGCUAUGCAUGUUGCUAUCAUCAGCAAUCCCAUCUAACUUCUCCUCUAUCACGAAAGUCGAGUCUACCUCAACCUAGACGGCUGUGCUUAUGGUGGUUCUGGGUCCAGGGCCCUCUACAGAUUACAAUAUCCAUAGCCUCCUCCUCUCCUCAAACUAGAAUCUCGCCAAAUAACUACAUGUCAUGUUUUUGAUCAAUAAAAAAAAAACUUACAUGUCAUGUUAAAUUAUUCAUUUUAUUGUUCCGAAGAAUGUUUAUUUGUUAUUUUAUUUCUCUCUGUUUCUGAAUGUUUGAUCAAAUGAAUGAAUUGUCAUGGGGGUUAUUUAUAAGAUGUAACCAGGAUUACAAAAAUACCAGUCGUCUACGUAUGUAUGUAGUAUAAAUUAAUCACACGCCCGGUUACAGUUGAAUUUAGUAAUUUUAUUAUCUAAUAUACAAUAAAUUAUAUAAAAAGGUUCAAUUCUUACCAUUUAAAAGUUUUUUAAUAUUUAUUUGUUAUUUUAUAAAAUUUUAAACUUUAAUCCCAAAUAUUCAACCCUCAACUACUAGCUCUAAAUCAUAAAGUUAGGGAUGUAAGUGUAUAUUCAUAUUUUUAAUAAAAGAUUAGGGUCAUUUUUGAUGCUCGGAGAUAAGAGUAUUAAUAAAGAAAAGGGCAUAAUGGUAAUUAAAAGAUGAAGCAACCGCCAAGAAAUCUAUUAUAUAAUAGGAGAGUUUCUCUCCUCCUGAUGCGACACGUCAGCAGUUUGUGGGUCCUACUUUUUAAAAGUGUGAAAAAAUGUCAAAUAUGUGAUUUGAACUCGGGUUACUGAGAUAUAAGCACCCACAACUAUACCAUUGCACUAAAGGAUACUUUGUACAUUGAUGGUCGAAACUAAUAUAUAUUAUAAAGGUCGGAAACUAAUAUAACAUUCUGGACCCUACUUUUUUUUUUUUAAUUGAUGGGUAACGAAUGGACUUCGACAAAAAGUGGGUUUUGGGCUUAUUGAUUUUCUGUUUAUUAGGCUUUGUAUCUGCCCAAAGUGGUGAUACGGACAAAGCUAAGAAGAUUAGGGAAGCCGCCAUCUUCACCAUCUCCUUCGUCGCUUGCGAUUCCCCUUUCGGCAAUCAGCUAUUAUGGUCGAUCUUUAAGGCUUUACGCACGUUUUGCGCCUACCAAACGCUUAGUUUCUCCUCUAAUGCCUUCAGAGCUCUCAUAUAUAUAGAAUCCCUCGAGGUAAAAGCUCCAUCUUGUCUCAAACUUUUCUUUCUCAGUUUUCCGAUCGCUUUACUUUCUCACAUCCGUCACGAAAAAUGACUUAUCCAGCUGCUCCAGCCGCUUUAGCCGCCGUUCCCUACUCCACCUUCAACUCUCUCCGCCUUGGAAGGUCCACUCAGUCCAUUGUUGGUCGGUUCAUCCGAUUCUAGGAUUCCAAGAACAUUAACAAGAAUGCAGAGUUUAUGGGCAUCACCAUUCUCCUCUUUGAUGAACUGGUGAUGAUUGUUUCUAACUUAUUUUUUAUCACUUUAACUCUGCUUUGCUUAUUCUUUGUUCAUAUAUGAAACGUGUCUUCAUUUUUUUGUUUUGGUUUUGUCUGUGGGUUUUUUUAUUAACAACUUAUGAUUUUUCUCUGUUUUUCUUACAGAUUCUGUGAUCUACGGUUUCAUCCCUGCAAUCUCCAAACAAAAUAGGAAAACUGAAUGAAUUAUGUUUUUAGCAACCGAAUUUAAAAGAAAUAAAAGACAUCUUACUUAACAAAUUAAAACCUUUUCUUUUGCAGAUUCCAACGACGACGAAGCACCCGAGGACCAACGACAAUGGAAUGAUGCGGACGAAGCCUAACUGAUGUAAGUAAACUCCUUUUCAAUCACGCAUCACACUAUUAUCGCUCCCCAAUCUCACAAACUUAAGCUCUAAUCAUGCCAGGGAUCCCACAGGUGAUGUUGUCCCGACGACGGAGAAAAAAAAAGAAAGAUAACCUAACAUUUUUUUAUUUUCAGUUUUUAAGUUCAAAUCAUGUUUUAGACAUAGAGCCCAACAUAAUUUGAGCCCAAACAUUUUAAACCCACAAUUACUUUUUCAUAAUGUAAAAACGUCAACCUUCGUUUAUGUUUUGUUAAACUAUUUUAAUCUUUAUGUUUUGUUAAACUAUUUCACACAGGGGGCAGAUCUCCUUAGAAGGGGAGCCACUCGCCACGAUGCUUCCAGUUUCACCAUUCUUGAAACUCUUAUGAACCACAAAGCCAAUAUAAAAGCUCUGUUUCAAUCCAACAGCUGGAUUUUGUCACAUACCACCGCUAAGCCUGAAGAGGGAAGAGAAGUGGAGUGCUGCGUUUUGGAAGAUGGUUACUUGGAGUUUACAAGAUGAAGAUGGAACCCGUGACGAGGAAGACGAGGAGAAGUGUUACUUGGAAUAUCCUAACGUUGAGGAUGUAGACAAUGUGUGAUCUUAGCGAUGAAGAUUAGUGUAGCUUUAAUAUAUGCUACUACGGUCCUUGAGCUCCCUAAUAGGUACUAGCAAACAAUGUGUAUUUUGAAAAAAUAAAAUAAUUUUGUAAUGCAAGUAGUUUGAAACUUUGAGUAUUUAUUCAAACAACGGAUAUAUACAGAGCUGAUAACUUGGUAUGGACCCCCAAAUAAGUUGGUGAUGCGCUGUCACAAUAUCUGUCUUUUUAAUUUCAUAUACCUGACGUAAGCUUAUUCAUCUUCUUCUCUUUUCCUUUCCGUUGUUCCACGCUCUUUGUUUCAUGUUUAGGCCUUUUUUACAUUCUUUAUAUUUUACCUUAAUUAUACUUUUUGAAUUUUCCUUCCGUUUUGGGAGAUGUCUCUAACUUGAGUUAAUCGUCAAAAGCUAGGAUCAAUUUUGUUGUCUUACUUAAAUUUUAUUCUUUAAUUUGCACAAAUCUUAAACAACACCAACAUCCCGUAAAUCAUACCGUCCCACCAAUAUCCAAAGUAACCAGCUCCGCGCAAGCGCGGGGUCUCAACACCUAGUGAAUAAAAGAAGGCACGAAACAGAGUGAAACGUCUUCCCGCCCAAAAUCAUCCUUGUUUCUUUAUUUCAUCUUCUCUCGUCUCGCCGCCUCUGAGCGAUCGUCCGGUACUGGUACUACUCUUCCACGAGUUUCGGAGGUUAUGGAGCAUAAACUAGCGAGUGCUGAGAAGAAGGUGCUAGUGGAUCUGGUGAAGCUAGUGCAGAGACGACGGUUAGAAGGCGAAAACGGAGGAUGGAAGGAGUUUCUAAGCUCUAGCGGAUUCGGCUUGAGUGUGGGCGAUCCUUCGCAACGCUCCGACGAUGUGUUGGUCGCUUUUCUUUCCACUUUCAAAAAGAAGGAAGAUUUGCAGCUAUUCACUAGGGUUCUUCACUCUGAUGCUAAUCGUAAUAUGAUUGAGAAAUUCAAGCAAGAAUCCCCUGAUAAAGAGACUCCUGAGCAGAGGCUUGUUAGAGUGACUAUUACGCAUCCUAGGUACCCUAUCCACUAUGAAUUCCCUUCCCUCGCCGAGGAUUGGUUUGUAACUAAGUGUGGCAAGAAGCAGUCAAAAGUGAUCAAGUCAACCAGAAUGCUUGCUAUUCGUUGUGAGAUGGUUACCUGUGAAAAUGGCAGUGAAGCUGUUGUCAGGGUUGCCGCUGUGGACCGUGAUCUAAAGGUUUUUAUUAACAAUUUUGUGAAACCGAGCCUACCCGUUAUUGACUAUAAGACAGAUAUCACUGGAGUUACUGCUGAGGAUCUCGAGAAAGAGACUCUAUCUGUUGCUGAUAUUCAGAAAAAACUGCGGAGGUUUCUUUCUAAGGGAACUAUUUUAGUUGGUCACGGUUUGCACUAUUGUCUUCAAGUGCUGAAGGUAGAUCAUGCGAGAGUAAUCGAUACCUCUCUUGUCUUCAAUUAUACCGGUGCCUACAGUUCUCGAACACCUUCUUUGUUAAAUCUAUGCAAGUCUGUUUUGGAUGAGGAGCUGCGAAUGGAGGGUGCUGCUCACAAUUGCGUUCACGACGCUGCCGCUGCUAUGAAGCUUGUGCUUGCUGUUGUGGAGAAAGGAGUAGAGACCUCGUUCCCACCAACUGAAAAAAUGUUGGAGGUUGAGAAGACAAUGCAGGAGGCGAAGAAGGCAAGUCUCUAUCUUCAUAGGAUCCCUCGUAAUGUUCCUUCUCAAGAGUUAAAAGGACUUAUUACGGGAGAUUUCAAAGUCGAGGUUAAGCCACCAAAG